AAAAAAAACAAGAGUUUUUGGCGGGUUUCAUCGAGUGCACUUGGCGUCUUAUUUUAAUUAUUCUUAAAUUCGUUCAUAGUGGAUAUUGUGAAAUAAAAUUGGUGUUGUUUUGUGUAACAACCGUCUGCGUAACUGAAGAAUUAGUGGAAUCGUUAAAAUAUACGCUAUUCCGGUCAAGUGGACGUGAAAAUUUUAUUGUAGUGUUGACUACCUCACAGAAGCUUAUCGAAAAAGCCAACUCAAUACAUUUCGUGCCAAACACUCCAAGAAACAUUAGAAUGCGUCACACAGACAUUCUAAUGUAAAAACAAAAAGAAGAUUAAUUUUAUUAAAGACCAGGCUGAAUGGGCAUUGUUCCCUUUGCCUUCCCUAAAACGGGAGAUCUUCAACAAAAAAACAAAGUAGCUGUCUGCUUUGCUGUCAUACAGAAAGUCAAAAAUCUUUUAGAAUGGGAGAGCAAGUGGCAGUGCAUCAGAAAUGAUUUUCAACACACAAUUUUGUUAGUCUAGAGUUAUGUAUGCCUUUAUGCAUUCUUAUGAAGAUAAUUUAUCUUGUUGUAUAACAAGUAGUACUUACGCUAGCGAAAGACACCAUGGUGCAGUGUCAUCCGCCGCUGGAGUUAGAGGAAUUGCCAAAAGAAGACGAAGAAAGACUAGAAAAACUUUUUUCUAAAUUAGACAAUGAUGGGAACGGAAAGAUUGAUAUUCACGAUCUCUCCGUGGCGCUGAAGGAGUUGGCUCCACACAUCAAUCGAAGCUAUGCAGAGAAAUUCCUGGCCAAGUCUGGCAAGAAGGAUGCAGGUGACGUCACUCUUUCCGAGUUCAUCCACUAUGUCAGAGAGCACGAGAAGAAUCUUAGGUUACAGUUCUCGCACCUCGACAAGAAUAAAGAUGGAAAGGUGGAUCUGGAGGAACUUAUAUCUGCAUUCGCUGAUCUUGGCAUUGCUGUCGGCGAAAAUGAAGCCACCAAUCUUCUGAAACGGAUGGACCAGGACGGCAGCUUGAACAUCAGCUACGAUGAGUGGCGGGACUAUCUCCUGCUGGCGCCUGCUACCGACAUCCACGCGCUCAUACACUUCUGGCGACAUUCCACGUACCUCGACAUUGGCGAGGAUAUGAAUGUGCCAGAUGACUUCACACAGAGCGAGUUACAAACUGGCAAGUGGUGGCGACAUCUGCUGGCGGGAGGCAUCGCUGGUGCAUUCAGUAGGACGUGCACGGCCCCGCUUGAUAGGCUCAAAGUGUUCCUGCAGGUAAAUCCAACCAGAGAGAACAUGAGCAAAUGCUUAGCGAAAAUGAUUAGCGAAGGCGGUAUAACCGGCUUAUGGAGGGGGAACGGCAUAAACGUGAUUAAAAUUGCGCCCGAGUCCGCCUUGAAGUUCGCCGCUUACGAGCAAGUGAAGAGGCUGAUCAAAGGGGAGAGGAAGAAUCAGCCCUUAGAGAUACACGAGCGGUUUCUCGCAGGCGCUACCGCCGGCGCAAUCAGCCAAACUGUGAUCUACCCACUGGAGGUGCUAAAGACAAGAUUAGCUUUAAGGAAAACUGGGCAGUACAGCGGUAUUAUGGAUGCAGCAAGGAAGAUAUACGUGCGCGAAGGUCUCAAAUGCUUCUACAAGGGAUACAUUCCAAACAUUUUGGGGAUAGUGCCGUACGCGGGAAUAGAUUUGGCCGUGUACGAGACUUUGAAGAAGAAGUACAUUAGCAAAUAUCAGGCGAAUAAUGAGCAGCCGGGAAUGCUGCUUCUGUUGGCUUGUGGCAGCGCAUCCUGCACUCUUGGGCAAGUCUGCUCCUAUCCUUUGGCGCUCGUCAGAACGAGGCUGCAAGCGCAAGAAAAAGCGGCCAAAGUCGCAGAAGGCACUAUGCGCGGCGUAUUCCGCGAGAUAGUUCAGCGCGAGGGCCUACGUGGCCUAUACCGCGGCAUCACGCCGAACUUCAUCAAGGUGAUCCCAGCAGUGUCUAUCUCUUACGUAGUCUACGAGUACGCCAGCCGGUCCCUCGGCGUCAAUAUGACGUGAUCCUACCCCCAAAUAACCGCACCGGAUGUCGGAUGCAUCACAUUCUAUCUAAUUAAGCAUAUUAGCAUUUGCAUUUUGAUCGUUGUACAUAGCUCUCGUGUUAAGCGCUAUUAUUUAUUCGUGAUUCUAUUCCAGUUCUCUCCACACACAUGACCGCGUGGCCGUGCUGUUAAUUUAUUAUUUUUAAUAAUUCGUAUUACUAUUGUGACGUUGUAUUCGUUCAUUUGUGAUGAACGAAUGUAUGGUGUAAACUCUGUUGGAAUUGUGGAAAUUCGACUGUACUGAAAGUGUAUUAUGGAAUAUUAUUAUUCGACAUGUCUCGCGCGGCGCGGCGAUUAGCGGCGGCGCGCGUGGAAUAAUUCUGUGAUUAAAAUAAAUUAUGUAAUUUUUUUUACUGCUUUUAUUUUCUUUAUUUAUUAUUUUUUGGCGUAUUUAUCCUUUGGUGUCUCUUAUUUUUAUUUUGUUUCGAAUAAACUUAUUGUUUUAUGGUUUAUUGUGUUUUCGAGAGUUUUAAGGAGCCCUCAGUUGGUAAUGUGAAUUGUGAUAUGAGUUUGUAUCAAAGUUCGCAAACCCGAUUUCAUACCUGAAGUCGAC